AUGAAAAAGGCUUUACCGGCGAACGCCAAGAUCUCCAAGGACGCCAAGGAAACAGUUCAAGAGUGCAUUUCAGAGUUCAUCAGCCUCAUCACCGGCGAUGAUUUGCUCUGGGCCAUGACGACACUAGGGUUUGAAGAAUACGUCGAGCCAUUGAAGGUGUACUUGCUGAGGUUCAGAGAUAUGGAAGGGGAGAUAUGUUGUGUCCUGUUUGGAGUAGAAGCAACAGGAGAACCCAAAAAUUUUGGAACAAAGCUACGAUUAGAAUUGGAAAUUGGUUGUGCUAUGUUAGGAACAGAAAUAAAAGAAUGGGAUUUUCCUGAGGAGGAACUAGAAUCUAAUGAUUUGGGAAGUCGCAAUUUAUCAUGA